UUUCGCGGUUCGCCUCAUCGAAAUAUAUGUAACAAAGUAUAAAACGUUUCGUUGUUUUCUUCACAGCUUAAACUCUUAAGGACGUUGACAACAUAUUAUUUAUCUAAUUACGCGUAAAUGUUUAUUAUUACAUAAAGAAAAGUUUGAAUGUAAAUCAAAUUUCAUCAUAUUUGUUCAGUGAUUUUACAUGAGAAUUGUAUGUAUAAAUUCUCAACACGUUUACACAGUUAAACGAACAUAUACUAUGUUCAAAAAAGUAAAUAUUAUUUACUGUACUAUUAUAAUUAAUUGUUAAAUCAAAUUGUUGGUUAUUACUGAAAUAAAUCCCCAUGGACUUGGAAACUCGUCGAAAAAAUUCCGAAAAGGGUUUUGAUACUGACGAUGAUUCGGAAUAUGCUUUGAUACAACGUAUCAAAAUGGAACCCGAAGCAAUAUUAUCCCAAGAUGAUGAUUUAAUGGCACAAUUUCAACAGGAUAAUUCUGAUUUGGAAGUUGAACCAAGUUUUUCUUUAGAAGGUAGUAUCAAUAGCGACGAUUAUGAUGGUAUAUUGAUGCAACACAUGGAUAUCAGAGAACCUUUAUCCAAAUUGAGAAAUCUUUUGGAACAAAGGUUAGGAGGAGAUCUUACGGAUUAUGAUUUUUGGUUGCAAGAUGCACAAAUGCUUGAAUGUCACAAAAAUUUGGUUGAUCAAUGCGUACAAGGUGAAGGUCUUGUUCAAGUUAACGUUCAAAUCAAAACUGUACAAAAGCGUAUUAAUAUUGUAGAUGUUUUAAAACCUGCUGAAGAUUACAUCGAACUUGCUGAGAAUAACACUGGGGCAUCUUAUAAUGAAGAAAAACAAAAUGUCAUGAAAUGGAUGGUAGAUCCAUUGUAUAAAAAAGAACAGGAACGCCUGAAGAUACCAAAUGAUCCUGUUGAUUGGUCGAUAGCACACGUUAAGCAUUGGCUUCAAUGGGCGGUCAGACAAUUCAAUUUAGUUUCCUUGCGUUUAGCCGAUUGGAAUAUAACCGGUGAACAAUUGUGUAAUCUCACCCUUCAAGAUUUUCAAACUAAAGUACCACUUGAUCCUGGUGAUGUAUUUUGGACACAUUUGGAAUUAUUAAAAAAAUGUAAAUUUGUCGCUAUUAUACAAAAAGAUACUCCAUCAUCGGCAAAUGAAAGUAAUGCGAGCAACAAAACAAUGAAAGUACGUAGUCAAAAGAGUCCUAAAACAACAAGGCCAAAUAAUAUUAUUAAUCAACAAACAAGAAUAGUCCACGUACCAUUGGAAAACAUUGAUUCGACACCAAUUACGAUAGCAACAUCAUCAAGUCGUUCUGUUAAUAGCGGACAAAUACAAUUAUGGCAAUUUUUAUUGGAAUUAUUGACAGAUCGUGAACACAAAAGUUCUAUACAAUGGGUUGGAACGGAAGGAGAAUUUAAAUUAACCCAACCGGAAACUGUUGCACAGUUAUGGGGUGCGCGUAAAAAUAAACCGUCUAUGAAUUAUGAAAAAUUAAGUCGAGCCUUACGUUAUUAUUAUGAUGGUGAUAUGAUAUCUAAAGUUCAUGGAAAAAGAUUCGUUUAUAAAUUCGUUUGCGAUUUGAAACAAUUAUUAGGUUAUUCUGCUGCCGAAUUAAGUAAAUUAGUCGAAGAAGGUAAACGUUAUUAUGAUUAGAUUUUUCUAUAAUACAUUUACGUAUUUUAAUUAUUACGACGGAGUUGUGUCUUUUUUUUUUUUUUCUUUUAUAAUGUCAAGUAAUUAUUCAUCAUUUGUCAUAAUUGUACUUGGGUAUAUAUUCAAUUAACAUAUCUACCCAAAGUAUACUGUCUGUCAAAGUAAUCGAGUAAAUAAACAAUAACUUUUUCUCUUUUUUAUCCUUUUUAACCAUAUUUUCAACAACUUAUCAAAUGUAAUA